AUGGUGGAACCAGAUGUAAAAGGAGAUGCAAAAGUGCCAGAAAAAAGAAGAGCGAAAGAACUAAAAGAGCUGAAAGAGGGUUGCAAAUUGCGCGUGAACCGGUUUCGAUCAGAGCGCACAGAAUGGACCCCUGCAGAAAUCCUGUCGAUCCGUGAUUGUGGAGAUAGGUGGACUGAAAAGAAGCAGUUUUACAUUCAUUACGUCGACUUCAACAAGCGUUUGGACGAAUGGGUUGAUCAGGAUCGACUGGACUUGUCUUCUGUCGAAUUUCCAGCCCAACCCAAAGACAGCAAAAAAGCUUCGAACAACCAUUCGCACCAAAAUGGACACACGCAUCCGCCAGCGAGAAAGAGCCAAAAGAGAAAAGCGAGCAGGGUCGAAGAAAUUUCCGACGAAAAUGUGGACGAAGAAAAACGGCCAAGGAGCACUGGAUCCAUGGUCCAAAACCCCCACGACGACAUCACCACGCGCAUCAAGAAUUUCGAGUGGCUCGAAUUGGGCAGAUAUCGACUUCAGCCUUGGUACUUUUCCCCUUACCCACAGCAGUUGUGCAAGUUGGGAAAGAUCUACCUAUGCGAGUAUUGCCUGUGCUUUAUGAAGUGCUUAACUUCGCUGAAGAAUCAUUUGAGAAAGUGCAGAAUGCGAUGUCCGCCAGGGAAUGAAAUUUACAGAGACAAAGAUCCAAAAGAAAAAGACAAGGGAAUCUGCAUCUUUGAGCUCGACGGUCGGAAGCACAAGACUUACGCCCAGAAUCUCUGCCUCCUCGCUAAAUGUUUCCUCGACCACAAAACACUUUACUACGACACAGAUCCCUUCCUUUUCUAUGUCAUGUGCGAGUACGACAUGUACGGCGCACACAUUGUCGGCUAUUUUUCGAAAGAAAAGGAGUCCGCCGAAGACUACAAUGUUGCUUGUAUAUUAACACUGCCGAGUUAUCAGCGACGAGGAUUCGGAAGAUUGCUGAUCGAGUUCAGCUACGAGCUCUCGAAAAUCGAGAAGAAACAGGGGACGCCAGAAAAGCCUCUUUCAGAUCUUGGGUUGCUCUCGUAUCGCUCUUAUUGGACUCAAACGAUCAUGGAGAUCCUGGUCGAGCUGAUGAAAGAGGAAGAAGAAGAGAGAAGCAAAAUAUCGAUAAACGAGAUUUGCGAGAGGACGAGAAUCCACUGGAAAGAUGUUCAAAGUACACUUCUGCACCACAAAAUGAUUGACUGGUACCGUGGCAGCUACGUGCUAGCAAUCGACAAGAAAGAAGUCGACACCUACCACAAAAACGCGCAAAAAGCUCAACUGCGCAUCAACCCGAAGAACAUCCAGUGGACGCCAAAAGACUGGACGAAGCGACUCGGGCGCAACUAG